AUGGUCUCUUUGAACAUAUAUCUACUUUUGGUAGCUGGAAUUCAGCUAACUCUGGCUGCACCAAGCCGUCGACGACAAGAUACCGCAGGAUGCCCGAGAGAUUCACCAGACCUGAAUGAAUGCGUCGGUAACUCAAUUCAGUAUUUUGUCAAUUUCUUGGCCAGCGGGAAGGUGUCACCGAAGGUGACAAUCACUCCAUUCGAUCCGCUGCUGCUCCCGAACAUGACGAUCAGUCAUCAGGCAAAAGAAUUCAAAGCCAUUUACGUUAACCGCUAUUUGCUGGGACUUAAAAACAGUUUUAUUUACGAUACGAGUAUCGAUUUGGACGAAUUGGAGCUCAGCAUGACAUUCCUGAUGCCUGCUCUGGAACUGUUAGGAAUGUAUUCCGGCGAAUCGUUGGAGGAUCAGGAAGAUACCGAAAACUCUAUCCUCACAAUUUCAGUGCGAAGUUCAACGGCGAAAUUCCGCGCGAAAGGAGAACUAUACAAAUCUCCAGAGCACGUGGAAUACCUUCGAGUAACCGGAGUGGACGUAGAAUUCACCAUGGGUCCGUACGUGAUCAACGACUUGGACCACAGUACGCACAUUCCCCGCGUGAAUCGGCACUUCAACGACAUUCCACGACCGGAAUUCGUGAAACUGAUCGAAAAAGACCUACGGAUGCAGCUCAGUUCCCGAUUGCAGCACAUCGCCAACGAAGUGUUAGCAUUAGCGCCAUAUGAAAAGCUGUUCCCUGUAUGA